AUGAUAAAGAUCAGCAUUUUAUUCCCUUUGCUACUUUUUAUAACUCAAACUCUAGCUUUUAAAUAUACCUUUAACAAUAGAACCUUUGAGCAAUAUAGAAUUAAAACCUAUGCCAAAGGUUACAUUGAGGAAUAUCUAGAGGGUCAAAAUGAUUUAUACUGCGACUCCUGGGUAUUAUUUCCUGGGACAACUCUGAUCAGCAAUGAUAAGUUGGGAGUUGCUUAUCUAUUCGUAUUAUUCUACUUAUUUAUUGGAAUAAUCGUACUCUAAGAUAUACUUUUUGGUGCUGUUGAAGUAAUACUCUCUCAAAAGGCAAUGAUAAUAAGAAGGGAUAGAAACAAUAAUUAAAUUGAAUUACCCAUUGAACUUUGGAACCCAACCGUAGCCACAGUCACUAUAAUGGCGAUAUCAGCCAAUUCUCCUUUGUUACUGAUGAAUCUAAUAGAUCUUAUUCUUGAUACAAGCGGAGAAAUCAAUACCAAUCAGAUUGGGAUAUUCGCACUUAUAGGAUAAUCUUCUUUUUUAUGUAUGUUUGUAAGUGGAGUGGUCAUUAUGAGCCUCACAGCUCCAAAAGUCAAAAAGAUUUUAAACCUCGAUGUAUAUCUCACACUUGCUGCCUUCUCAGUAUUUGGCUUGAUAUGGAUAUAUUUAAUACUAGGAGUUUAAAGUCCAUCUUAGAUUACCUUCCCAGAAGCAUUCAUCACUUUGACUCUCUAUUUUAGCAUGGUUUUAGUGCUAUACAUUAUUGACAAAAACAGGGAAGUAAAAAUGCCACAAUAUUAUGAUAGAAUCAUUAGUCAUUCUCUAGAGAAAGUUUAAAACCCUUACUCUUUUCCCUAGUAUCAAGCAUUCUAUGAACUCUAACAAAUAAUAAGAACCAAAGGAUAGAUGCAUAUAAUUGAUAUCCUAGUAAAUGAUUCAAACAAUAUUGAUGAAUUCGAGAAAGAACGAGUCAAAGUGCUGACAAUGAAUGCUUUAGAUCUAGAGUAAAUAGAGGAAAUCAUCUGUGAUCCAGACUAGAUUGGAUUUAUAUUGCAGAAUCUUUACCAGUAGUCUCUUGAUCAACUAUUCUAUAGAACUUAGUUUUUAAGCAGAUUUACUAACUCUGGCAACAGCUUUAUCAAAGUUAACAAAUUUUAUUGUCAGAAAUUCGUUGACAAUGAAGAAAUUACCAGCUAGAGGCCAAAUCCUAGAAUUGGGUUCAAGAGUCUACAAUACACUGUUGUCGAGGACUGUGGAAGCUUUACCGUUACUAUUUGCAAAAAAACAAGGGAGGAAAUUACAGUUGGUAUUAGGACAAUCGAUGGAACCGCAAAGUAGAAUUCUGAUUAUAUACCCAUUUCAGAAAGUGUAAAGGUUUCUUAUCUCGAGUAUAAAUUAGACGUUAAAAUUGUUGAUGAUGAUGAAUACGAACCAGAAGAGGAAUUCUUUAUUGAGUUAUUUGAUCCAGAUACAAAUAAAAGAUUAAUAGGAGAAGAUACAAUCACUAAGAUUGUCAUAGUUGACGAUGCUAAAGACCCUAUUAUAGGAUUCAAGUAGGUUAGUUAGAAAAUUCACCCAAGAGAGAGGUAUGUCUCAGUCAAAGUGACUAGGAUGGGGGAUACCAACUCUAAAGCUUCAGUAUUUUACUAUACAGAUGAAAUCAAAGACAAUGUAAAUUGUGCUGUAGAAGGAGAAGACUUCGAACCAAUUAGAAAGGCUGAGCUAGAGUUUGAUAUUGGGGAGUUGGAAAAACAGAUUGAUAUAAAACUGGCUGAAAAAGAUGAUGACGAGUUAGAUGAAGAUGAUGAAAUAUACUUAGUUUUCAAUGUCAAGUUGUUUGAUCCUUAGCCAAAUAAUAUAAGACUUAGCUUAAAGGACACUUGCAUGGUUGAGAUCACUAAUGAAUAAAAUCGUAAGUUUCGUUUCAAAUUUCAUUAACACUUCAAUAUAGCUGAUUACAAGCAUUACAAGGAGGUGACUAACUUGCUGUCAUAUUAACUCGAAUCUUAAUGCGUAAGAGGAUGGGGUGAACAAUUCAAGGAGGCUUGUAAGCUAUACCCUAAUGUCAAUUAAUAUGGAAAAGUUGAGGAUAUCACUCUAUCAUAAUGCUUUGCUCACCUGAUCACAAUAGGUUGGAAGGCAUUUUUUUCAAUAAUACCACCCAGGCAUUAUUUUUAUGGUAUUCCAACGUUUUUCUCCUGCUAUGCCAUGAUGGCUGUUAUAAUGUUUUUAGUUAGAGAAUUCGCCAAAUUAUUCGCAUGCGUCAAUUAAGUAUCUGAGGCUGUUGUAGGAUUUACUAUACUUGCUAUUGGUGUAUCAAUAACUGAUAUUUUUGCUUUGAGAAGAACUGCAAAGAAAUCUCCUUAUAUUUAAGGACUUUGUGGAAGUGAUUAGACUUUGGGAUAUUUACUAGGCAGUGUCUGUGUGAAUAUUUAUUUAGGACUGGGAUUACCCUGGCUUGUGGCUAUUGUAUAUGUUGGAGUUUAGGAAGGUUAACCUUAUAUUAUUUCUGAAGGAGAAGAUAUAUAUUUUUCAACAUUAAUUCUAGCAAUUGUAUUGGCCACAAUAAUCGGUAUUUAAUUUAUUAGAAGAUGGAAAUCUGGUGGAGAAAUAGGCAGUAAAAAUGCUUGUGAAAAAAAUUCAUUUGGUCUAACGGUUAUAUUAGCAUGGCUAGUAUAUACAAUUAUGGUAUGUAUGAGAUGUUAUGAUUAAUAUUGA